AUGGAAGAAACCGAUCCAUUCAAGUUGCCUUCAGCUGGCUCUCACUCGGAUGCUACCUCUAACCAUAGUUCCGGGAAAUCGGAUCACGAGCAGAAGCAAGAGCAGGAGCAAGAGCAGGAACAGGAACAUGAAGAUACUGGAAACCAUACUUUUGGUGGUAACACUAACGGUAGCAGUAGUAGCAGCAGCAGCAGCCAUGGGGAGGAAGCUCAAGAUCAGGAGGAACAAGAUGAUCCUAAACUUGAAGGAGGUGUACCGGAAACUAUUGAGAUCAGACAUGAUCCAACUCUGGACCAAACCAGGUCAAUUCCAAUUCCUCCUUUGAUGCUAGAAAAGAUUGUUGCAUGUCGAUUGGGCUCGAGCAAUGACGGAGACCACGCUGGUGCUGUCGAAGGCAGUUCCCAAGUACAUGCAGGUAAUAGUUAUACUACAUGUACCGGUACCGGCACGAGCACCAACACUGUAACUGAACAGGGCACAAAAGCAGGACAACUUCGAAAAGUCCAUGAGUCAAACUGUGGCAAGAAGGAAGAAGCGGCCAUUUCGCAGGGUAAGAUUGUGCCCAUACAAGAAGCCACUCUACGCUUGGAAGCUGCCAGAGAUAUGCAAAAGCACACACAAACAGACACAGAAUCCGAUACUGGUACUGACAUGACUCUGCCAGGAGCCUAUGCUGUUGCUACCACGCCUACCCAUACCAGUACCGCUACGACCAACGCCAAUACACGUAUACAUACGGGUAUACAUAGUCAAGGAGACUCUACAUCACCUGAGCUUGCAUCUCAAACUGAUACAUCAUGUGCUCUCCAGGCUCAAUAUGAUCCUCCUCCAAAUGGUCCUGCCCCGGAAGGACAAGCCACUACCACAGACAAUUGUCGUCAUUCAUCCUUAUCCCAUCCUCGAGACUCUCAAGCAUCCUCUUCGACGACAACGGCUGGUGUCAUCACCACCACUGAUGACUCUCUACAAGCAUCCAGCAGUUCCAAUCAACUGGCAACGGCCACGGCAUUUCAAAUCAACGAAGCCGACCUCGAGGACGAAAUUAGAAACAGAAUUCUCAGUGAAGCUGUCGAAGCUGAUGUCGUUACUUUAGUGCAAGACGAUAAAACACACCUGGAGGGCCAAGCAGCGUCGGAUGACAGCAAGAAGUCAAACAAUAACACAAUGGCGGCUUCUUCCAAGUGGUGCUUGGCUCUGCUUGCUCUUAUCGUUGCCCUGGCCAUUGCCAUUCUCAUCGCAGUCGUCGCAUCCAUGCAAAAGAAUAAAAAUGACAAUGGUCAGAAUCAAGUCAGAGAUAAAAAUGCAUUGGCAUUCAAUCCCAACCGAUCCACUCUUGAAAUCAUUCGGGAACGGGGGGCGGUACGAUGCGGAAUCUCGGGCGAUAUUCCGGGCUUUAGCCACCCCAACCCGGACACGGGGAUCAUGCAAGGCUUGAAUGUGGACCACUGCCGCGCCAUGUCCAUGGCUGUCUUUGGAACACCCGACAAUAUUGAGCUCGAACGCAUGAAACCCAAAGACAGAUUCGUCAAGCUUGCCAAUGGAACCGUGGAUGUGCUUACCAUAACCACAACUCACACCAUGGCAAGAGAUGUUUUUGAGGCCACUUCCCAGACAGGACACACGUUCUCGGCGCCGUUCUUUUACAGCGGGCUCAUCUUUGCUGGACUGCACGAGUUUGUCGAAUGUGCCGACAAUCUCGAUAGUGUUUUUGGAAUCUGUCGGAGCCUCCAAAUCUGUGUCAUUACUGGAACCACUCAUGAAGCCAUUCUACAAGAUUUGGUCCCAGGGGGCAUUGUCAUUGCUGCAGGGUCCCUCGGAGAUAUGAUUGACAAGUUUGCGGCCGGAGAGUGCCAUGUCAUGGCUUCUGAGCCUCCCAACCUUCCCUUUUCCAGGAUACAAGAAUCAGGUUACGAUGGGCCCUUUACUCACGGCCACAAAAUGUUCUCACGAGAGCCUCUUACGUUGGUCACUCGAAAACACGACGCGGAAUGGUCCAACUUGGUCAAUACGAUAGUCAAUGUCAUGUACUUGGCCGAGUCCCAUGGCAUUACCCACUCCAAUGCGGCGGAAUUGUACCAGUUGCUGCUUCCUGUCAAUCCCACUGCCGCCGACAAGGAGCUGGCAUCCAUGAUGGAAUCGGUUGUGGCGGAAAUCGGGAACUACGCAGAUGUGUACCAUCGUCAUGUGGAACACAUCAUUCCUCGACGAGGCCUGAAUCUUCUCUAUCACCAUCAUGAUGAACAUGAAACUCUUUCCCCCCUUUCUUCUGCCAACGGAUUGCUCUUUUCGUUUCCUUUAGGAAAAGUCGAUACGAAGGGGUAUCUGCAAGGACCAACGCUGCAACGGAUUCUGAGCCGUGGUUUUUUGCGCUGCGGGGUGGCCCCCUCCUUGAUCGAGGACGUCUUUCCGAGUCUGCGGGACCUCAACAUUGAGUUUUGCCGAGCCCUUUCCGCGGCUCUUUUCGUUGGUGAUACGGACGCGGUUGAGAUUGUCGAGCUUGAAGGUGUUGUGUCAUCCGAGCAAUGCACUUCUACAACCGGUACCGGUACAAGUGACGACGACGGAGCCUCUGUGGAUAUAGUGGCUGGAGUGCGAAUGACGAUCCAACUGGACUACCAGGGUUGCUCGUUUUCACCUGCCUACUUCUACGACGAUGCAUCUGGUAUUAAAAGUGCCAUUGCUCUGAUGACAGGCGACAACGAUACAGAGUGGUCUGACUUUGUGUUCUGGAUAGUCAUGAGCCUAAUUUCCGCGGAGGAGCAGGGCAUUGAAGCCAGGAGCAUUGAUGAGAUGAAAGUUGUAAAUCUGUAUGGAGAGCAGCUCAAGCAGAGCCUUCGUGACUGUGUUCUCUCAGUUGGCACCUAUGGCGACAUUUUCAACCGCACAAUGCUGUCUGCCGGUGUUCAUCGCGAAGGUGGCAAUCUGUUGAAUACAGGGCCAGGCUUUGGCCCACAGCAAUAUCCAGUUCCAUUUCAAUAG